CAUUCAAACUAGAGAAAUUACUGGGGACAAACCAGAUCGAACAUAAUGAUUUGAAUGACGAAGAAUUACAGUUUUACGAUGAUUUUCAGCCUGCUGUGGGCUCAAGUGACCGGGAACAGGUGAUGCGAAUUGAGACGUGAUUUGAGAACUUGUGUUCAGCGGCAGCCCCAGAUUCGGCAAACAAAGCCAGUGAGCGCACAGAAGGGACUGCCACACGCGUGAACCAGCCCUCCCUGUCUCCACUCUCUCUCUCUCUUUCUCUCUCUCCGCCAGUCCCUCUUUGUGAGUCCCUCUUUCGCGCUCUCUCAUUCCCACUUUCCAACAGCAUGGUGACGACCAACAGAUAACUUCCACCGCCCCCCCCCCCCCUCCCUCCGUCCCAGCCCUGCUGCCACCCUGCCCAGGCACCGCCUCUUCACCAUGGGAACCUGCCUCUGCAAAGGUCAUAAAGAAUAUCUCCAGAGCACCCCCAACCUGUCAGCGCCAGUACUGCAGUCCUCUGCCGAGGGUGGCUACCAGUCAUCAGGCACGACGUUUUCGGGAAAAAGGCGGGACAGCGGCUAUGGCAUCGGCGAGCUGGCUACUUCCUCCCUCAUAGGUCUGGUGGCCACCAUAAAGGAGCACAUCACCAAGCCCACCGCCAUGGCGCAGGGUCGCGUCGCACACCUCAUCGAGUGGAAGGGGUGGAGCGCUGGGGGCGGAGCCGGGGGUGACUGGCGGAGGGAGGGGCGUGGCUGGGGCGGGGCUGGGGCGGAGCUUGCGGAGGAUGAGCAGCUCUACUCUCACCUGGCUGAGGAGAUCAAAGCGGCUCGCUUUGCGGCAGGAGUAGCGGAACAGUUCGCCCUUGCUGAGGCCUCCAUGUGCGCCUGGUCACCCCAGCAACAACACAAUGAGCCCAAUGGAACCUACGCCCCUCUGCAAGACCCUGAUGGCCUCUUUUUCUCUCGAAUCCUGCUGGACGAUGUAGGCGCGCCUCAGCGCCUCUAUAGCAUCAGCCAGGAUGUUAGCCAGGACUCAAGCCCCCUUCCCUUGCCACCCACAACGCCAUCUUGCUCGGCCAGUUCCCCCUGGCAGCCAGACGCACAGCACCCCCUGCAGGAGAGGAGGACCUUCCCCCCCGACGCCAUUCGGCAAACAGACAGUGGCUCCCUCUCUGAAGAUGAAGUUUUUUACAAUUAGAUUUAAAAACUCUCUUUUUUUAACUUCGUUGUUUUUCUUCCUCUUCUUGUACCCAUUAUAGGCAUUAGCUCACAAGAGUGCAAAUGGCCGCCAAGAACCAUAUUUUUCAUAAGAAGGGGUCAGGUUGGGAAAGCUGUUCCACUGGAAAGCCGUCGUCUCUCUUUCCCUCCCAUAUUGAUCUAGUGACUCAGCUUGGAGAACUGAUUCACAUUUCGACCCACUUGAACAGCUACGAUGGAUGAUGUAAGGCACUCUGCUAACUUCAAUAGGAAUCGAUUGAGAAACACUGGACAAAAGAUUCGGGUUGUGCUGACGGAACGUCCGCUUCCUCUCGAUGUCGCUUCAGUGACUGACUGCUGGUCUCUUUGUCCAAUUGCUGUACGUGGGGGUCAGUCUGAAUAAGGCCUUUGUGUUGUUUGUUGCCCUAAGGUGUGAACUAAAGUAGGUGUGACGUCAUCAGCUACCACUGAACAUUGGUUAUUUUCUUAUUGGGACAAUAAUUUAUAGACAUUGAAAAAUCAAACAGAUGGACCAGCAUAAAGAGUGGAUCUCAAGCACAAUCCAUGCACCGUCCUCUUGUGUCCUGUGACUGUGAACUAAUUCUUACUCGGUGUUGCCUAUCAUUUUUGCUAAUUUCCACUAAAGAGGGACAUCAAAAUCACGCUUGUAGUUUGAAAACAUGGGAUAGAUUCAGGCAUUUAAUGAUUCAGUCCUGUUGCUGACCCGUAAAUGAAACUUCAUCAUCUGAAGCAAUUCUAGUGGCAACCAUAAAGGACCGACCAGCUAUGGCCAUCUCAGCAGACAAAGCUUGCAUUGGAAGAACACUGGCCACUGGAAAUUUGUACAAAGUUGGAUAUAUGUAUAUAGUUUUACUUACUCAUUUUAGAUGUUUGGAUGGGUUUGAAUACAUCUAUGCGGAUCACAGUCCAUUUCUACAGCACGAUAUUUGCAUCAUUUUUUUGUAUUUGAUACCAGAAAUAAUAACUUUUUUUUCAACCUAUUCCAAGGCUGAUCUGGUUGGACGUAAUUCCCUAAUUAACUUGCAUGAAUGUGGUAACCUAUUUGAAUAUGGUAUAAUAAGGCAGCUAAAAGAAUUACAUUGCCCAUGAAAGUAGAAUGCCGAAACCUUUUAAUAUAGCCUUGCCCUUAUUAUGAAAAAGUGAAAAUGAAAGGAAAUAAUUUAUGAAUGAAUAAUAAAUCAAGAACAGACAAAAUAUUGCAUAAAUAUCUCAUCUUGGCUGAUAGGAGUUUGAUGCCAUAUAACACAUUGUGUGGGUUUAUGACAAAUAUUGUAUUUAUGUUUUAGAUGUUUUCAGUGAAACGGCAGCUAUUAAUCAACAUCAUACAAAAUAUGAGACAUGAAAAUGUUUGAUUGAUGACCGUCAAAAACAGAAAAUGGGUGCCAUUUUCAACCCAGAGCCUUCAACAGACAGAAUUACUGACUGAUAAUUACUAGCAACUAGGAUGUGUGUUUGUCAGAAUAUUCUACAGUGAGGACAGGAGAACACUGUAUAACAUGAAAACAGAAUUUUGUAGCGUGCUGUUUUUUGGAUGCAGAAAUUAUAUGAUUGCAUAAAUUGUCAAGCUGAAUAUAAUUUUGAACAAAGCUUGUGAGACACAGAGACUCAAAGUCAAGUAUUUGUAUAUUAUUGUUAAUCUGAUAUUCUUCUACGUUUGUUUAAUGUUUCUAUAUUCAGUUAACUGUAGCAUAUAAAUGUUUACAAGUGGUUCAGUUCAUAAGAACAAAAAUA